AUGGAGGGGAACUCUCACUUCGAAAGCGAUAACACUCGCAAGACAAUCUCACCUGAGAAUUCCCGUUCUUCAAUACCAUCAGCCGCGAAAGAAAUCCUGACCAACUUCUUGACCAAGAACGCGAAGUUGGGGAUGCCAGCAGCAGUGACCAAAUAUGCUUCGUCCGUUACCUUCACGCCGAACGUCGAUUCAUUUCUGCCAACACCAAUGAAAAUGUCAGAGUCCGCAUCUGCCUUGUGGGCAUGCAUCGGACUAUUUGCAAGUGCUAUCUGCCAAGAACGCUAUGAUGCUGGAGAGCCAGAGAGGAUCGUAGUGGAUGUAUAUUCCGCGACAUUGAUGCUCUGCUCGGUAUUCUUAUUCCAGGUCAACGGAAAAGCCUUUGUCGAGAGCCCAGUGGCACCCAGAGUCAUUCAUCUUGAUAAGGGGCGCAAUCGCGAGACUUGGAGAAACACGGUAUCAAACAUGUACAAGACGAAAGACGAUCGAUAUUUCCACCUUCAUGGAAGCCUCAACGCAACACCUACGCUUCACAUGUUAGACUUACCAGAGCAUCGCCCUGAUUUAGAAGGCAAUGAGCACCUCGAGGCGAUCAAAGAUAUCUAUAGAGGCGUCGUAGCCAACCGAGACAGUUUGUCCCUGGAACUCGAGGCUAACGAAAGAUGGUUGCAGCCCGGCGCAAUUUGCCGAACCAUCGAUGAGUACGCGGCCACAUCGCAUGGCAAACUGAACAUCGAAGAGCCGCUCUAUACGAUUUACAAAACUCAAGAGCAGCUACCACCGGUACCUUGGCCCCACAGGCAAACCAGUGGCCGGCCUUUAGCAGGGAUCAGAGUACUCGACCUGACCAAAGUGAUUGCCGGUCCGACAGUAACACGAGUCUUAGCUUUAAUGGGAGCAGAGGUCUUACGCGUAUCGACGGACACCCAACCGGAGCCUUUGCCUUUCAUCGCAGACGGACAGAUCGGCAAACGAGAUGCUAAUAUCAAUCUCAAGACUCCCGAGGGAAAACGGCAGCUCGAUGAACUUCUUAAAGAAGCUGACGUUGUUGUUAGCAGUUACAGGCCUGGUGUCUUCGAAAGGAUGGGACUCGGGAGGAACUGGGCUCAUGAGCUCGCGCGUCGACGGGGUAAGGGGAUUAUCUACUGUAGGGAAAACUGCUAUGGCUGGAAAGGGGAAUGGAGCGGUCGAGCUGGGUACCAACCAAUCAGCGACUGUAUUACGGGGGCAUCUUGGGAGCAAGGGAAGUUCUUGGGACUUGAGGAACCAGUCAUGCCGCUUUUUCCCAAUUCUGACUCCCAAACUGGACUCACGGGAGGAGUUGCAGUCAUGCAAGCUCUUCUUCGAAGGGCGUCAGAGGGCGGCUCUUACAACGUCGACGUUGCCCUGAACACAUUCAACAAUUGGCUUGUCCGGGAAGUUGGAUUGCACGACAAACAAACACAGGUUUCGUUGCGAGCUUUACACCCAGAAUUUCUUCCAAGACACGAUACCGGGUUCUUUGAGAUGGCCCCAAUGAUUUUGGGAACCACCAGAAAGUCCAAUGGCACUGGACCAGAUCAACUUUGGGACCGAGCGAGAUUCACGACAGGCAUCAUCCGAUGGGGUCAGGAGGGAGAGGAAGCAGAGUACCUUGACUGGAGGCGAAUAGUUUCUGUGAUUAGUAAAGGGGAAAAAAGUGAAGUUGUGUUUGAGUUUGAACAUGAGUCGUGUAUCCCAGGAUCAGAUAAGGCGAGGUGGCUUUGA